AUGCCGGUGAAAUGUUGUUUCCACAGGUCAAACACUGGGGAAACAAUGGCCUGGUCAGAAUCCGUGGAUACACUACUAACUAAUAAAGAUGGCUUGGCAGCUUUUAGGACAUUUUUGAAGUCAGAGUUCAGUGAGGAGAAUGUGGAGUUCUGGCUGGCCUGCGAGGAUUUCAAGAAAACCAAAUCCUCCACUAACAUUGCCUCAAAAGCCCAAAAGAUUUAUUCUGACUUUAUACAAGCUGAUGCUCCAAAGGAGAUUAAUAUUGACUUCCAUACCAAAACCCACAUCUCUCAGAACAUCUCUGAGCCCACCCUCAGCUGCUUUGAUGAUGCUCAGAGAUUAAUCUAUAGUCUCAUGGCAAAGGACUCUUUUCCCAGGUUUUUAAGGUCAGAAGAGUACAGGGAACUAGUAAAGAGGCAACAGAAUGGAAAUCAGAAGAGGUGGCUCCCAUUUUUGUAA